CUACAGCGUGCCGAGGGGGGCGUUUACUCUGGUUUCUGUCGGAGGUUGGAAAUUCCGCAGUUACGAAUGCGGUGUCGGGAUUUUCCCCGUUACACAACAACAGCGUUACAGUCUCAGCUGUUACUCUAUCAGCUUCUCCACUGGACUACCAGCUCUAAUCGGAUUUAAACAACAAUUUAUUUCAACUUAAAAAACAUCAUUUAAGCUGUUUACACACAGCCAUGGAUGAAGACAGCCCCCCCUCUCUGGUUCAUGUGUGUGUAGUGUGUGUGUGUCAGAACCUCGACACCCUGUCCAGUGUGUGUGAGGAUGGAUCACUCUGUCUCUGCUCCUGUCCGGUUUUUCCACCUGAACUGUCCGAUCUGUUACUGAGCACCAUGACUGAUGAAGGUUUACUGAACGACAGAACUUUGGGUAUUUUUCACAAUAACGAGUGUUUGCGCCUGAAGCGUGCCUGCAUUCGCGGCUCUCGUCUCACCGCAGCUUCCUUCCGUCGCUCUCUGUGUUCUCACCGGCUGCAGGAGCUCGAUGCUUCCCAUGUUCUUGGUGACAUCACCGUCUCUGACAUCCUCCAGGGCCUCUCGUCCAAUCCGGUUUGUCGCCAGAGCCUCCAGAGGCUGAACGUGAGUGGCGUGGAUCGACUCUGGGACGUUCCAGUAAGUUUCAGGACAUUGCAGGGUCUCAGGAGUCUCUCUGUGGCGUGGACCCCUCUGGACGAUUCAGCGCUGGAGGACAUCUGCUCACUCCCGCUGCUGGAGAGCCUGGAUAUUUCUGGGACAAACAUCACAGACCUUACGCCUCUUCUGAGGCUCCGCUGUAGGCUGCGUUCGCUUACUCUUCACGCCCUGCACCACCUCAAAAUGGAUGUCGAUGACUUUCUCUCAUUACUCUCUGAGCUGGAGCUCCUCACAUACCUCGAUGUCUCCAACGAUCAGAUGCAGACCAGGGGAGAGAUGAUCAGGAAGCUCCUGCAGAAGACACAGAUCCUGCCAGCGCUCAUGGAUCUGGAUGUGUCAGGGUGGAAAGGGAUCAGUGAUGAGGCCUUGAAGACCUUCUUGGAGGGACGGACAGGAAUGAGGUUCAUUGGUCUGCUGGCCACAGGCGCUGGAAGUUCUGACUUCCUGUCUGGAGAAGGAAAUCUGAAGGUGGCUGGAGAGUGGAACCUUCCACAGCUGUGUGAGGCUCUGAGGAGGUACAGGGAGAGGGAGAGCUUCCUGCAGGAGACACUGCUCUGUCUCUACAAACACUUCAGUGACAUGGACAUCGGCUGCCGUCCAGACGUACUGCAGCUGGUGUAUUUGGGAAUGAAAGCCCACAGCGAGUGUGUGAGUGUGCAGGUGUCGGGGUCAGCGUGUGUGUUUAACCUCACCGUUCUGGAGCUGGCAGAGGGAAUGUCGCAAAGCCUGCUGGGAAAUGUGAUGAGACACAUAAUCACCACCAUGAGAAACUUUCCUGAUCAUAAACAGAUCCAGAAGAACUGCCUUCUGACCCUGUGCAGUAAUUAUAUCCUGGACAUGGUCUCCUUCAACAGGUGUGAAGCAGCUAGACAGGUGAUGAUGUGUUUAAUUUCUAACCAAGAUGAAACUCUACAGUCACUCUGUGCAUCCGUCAUCGUCGUACUCAUGUCACAGUUGAGUCAGGAAGAAAUCACCCAGCUGGGAGCUGAAGAGUUCAUCAUGAAGCACUUGUUGCAUGUGGUGCAACAAAAAGCGUCAGUGGGACUGUUGGACAGUAUAUUGGAAGGCACUCUGACUGCUCUGUGGGGUCUCACAGACGACACACACUCCGCCUGCACACACUUCCUGCAGUGUGAGGGUCUGGAGCUGUACAAAGAACUGCUGGAGACAUUUUACUUCAAUCCACAUGCGCUGAAGAAAAUUCUGGGUCUCCUGAAUAACGUGUCUGAGAUGGAGGAUCUGCAUGUUCAGCUGAUGGAUGAGGAACUUCUGCAGCUCCUUCUCAUCCUGAUGGAAGUCAAAGAGGUGGAGGUGAGUUAUUUAGCUGGUGGUUUCCUUGCCAACGUCACGUCCAGCAGCACAUGGAAUCUGGACACAACUCUGCGACAUGAAAUUCUCAGCAAACUGCACUCUGCUGUGAUGUCAUGGACUCCUCCAGACAGUCCCAUAAUCGCAUACAGGUCACUGCGUCCUCUUUAUCUUCUCCUGAGAGUCUCUCAGCCGUCUGCAGUGCAGCUCUGGGCUCUCUGGGGCAUCAGACACAUCUGCACACACAAGGGGCCUCACUACAGGAGGAUGCUGGAAGAGGAGGGUGGUUUGGACGUACUCCACACGCUGACCUCUGAUCCCAAUACACACAGCGACGUACACACUCUCGCUACACACACACUCCACCUGGUGGAGGGACAAAGUUCGACACACACCUCUGCUUAAAUAUGUAUUUAAAUUACGAGCAAAAGACAAAAGCACAAGGUACAAGGUACAAGGUACACCCUGCUUCAUCCCGACUGAAGAGGAAGAUCUUUAAUAACUCUGAUAUGUCAUUGUGUAAGUUACUGAAUUAAACUGACUGGAAAAACACAUUAAACUUCAUGUCUCAUGCUAC